CUUUCUUCUUGGCCACUCUCAAAUAUAAACUCAAACCCCUCUUUUCUCUCUUCCUCAUUCUUCUCCUUCCUAUAUAUUCCUCUCCCUUUAUUAUCAGAGAGCUCGGGAGAGGGGGUUUUGAUAAUUUGAUGGUCCAAUAUUGAAUCUGUAGCAACAGCAACAGCAACAUCCAUAAUCGUCAACAAUGGCAGUCACUUCUCCCUCUCUUACCGCUACAGAAAAGAAGCACUGGUGGCUCACCAACCGGAAGAUUGUUGACAAAUACAUAAAGGACGCAAGGAGUCUCAUUGCGACGCAAGAACAGAGCGAGAUCGCCUCGGCGCUCAACCUUCUAGACGCUGCUCUGGCGAUAUCACCGAGGCUGGACCAUGCACUCCACCUCAGAGCACGGUGCUUGCUGUACCUGCGGCGGUACAAGGAUGUCGCCGAUAUGCUUCAGGACUACAUUCCCAGCUUGAAGAUCGCCAGUGAUGCUGAUUCAAGUUCUGUUUCCUCUUCUUCCUCUGAUGGGUCUUCCAGGGAAGGAGUGAAGCUUCUGUCCCCUGAGGAACCCGUGAGGGACCAAACGUUCAAGUGCUUCUCCGUUUCCGAUCUGAAGAAGAAGGUGAUGGCUGGACUCUGUAAAACCUGCGACAAGGAAGGGCAAUGGAGGUACUUGGUUUUGGGUCAAGCGUGCUGCCACUUAGGCCUAAUGGAGGACGCAAUGGUCCUCCUCCAGACCGGAAAACGCCUCGCCACCGACGCAUUCCGACGACAGAGCGUCUGCUGGUCUGAUGACAGCUUCUCCUUAUCCAGCAUUCCCUUCUCCGCCGACUCAAACACUACAAACCCGCCUCCUGCCAUUCGCCAUUUCUCCAAGAUUCUAGACGGUCGCAGGGCAGCACCUCAGGCCUUCCUGGCAGAAUGCUACAUGCAUAGAGCCUCCGCCUACCGCGCUGCCGGCCGCAUUGCGGAGUCCAUAGCGGACUGCAAUCGCACCCUUGCCCUUGAUCCUACCUGCAUUCCAGCCCUUGACACCAGAGCUUCCCUCUUCGAAGCAAUUCGCUGCCUCCCGGAUUCUCUCCACGACCUCGAACACCUCAAGCUUUUGUACAAUUCAAUUCUCAGGGACCGGAAGCUUCCUGGCCCUGCGUGGAAGCGGCGCAAUGUGAGGUACAGGGAAAUUCCAGGGAAGCUCUGCGCCCUUGCCGUGAAGAUUCAAGAGCUGAAGCAGAGGCUGGCUUCAGGGGAGACUGGGAAUAACGUAGAUUACUAUGCUCUCAUUGGUGUGAGGCGCGGUUGUUCAAGAUCUGAGUUGGAGAGGGCUCAUGUGUUGCUCACUCUAAAGCAUAAACCCGACAAGGCUACCGGAUUCAUCGAAAGGUGCGAGCUGGCCGACGACCGAGACCUUGAUUGCAUCAAGGAGAAGGCCAGGAUGUCAGCUUUGUUGCUGUAUAGGUUGGUUCAGAAAGGUUACACAAAUUUGAUGAGUGCCGUCUUAGAUGAAGAGGCUGCUGAGAAGCAGAGGAAGAAGCAGGCUGCAUUGCAUGCAGCUGCACACGCGCACGCACACGCACACACCCCAGUUAUGGUGCAACAGAAACCUAAGGACCCUGCUCCUGAAUUGAACAAUAAUAGUAUUGAGGUAGAUAAUUUGGUCACUGAUAAUAUCAGCAGCAAUGAUUCAAUGGAGAGUAACAAUAACAAGUCUACAAUAUCAUCAUCUACUGUCAAUCCUGCAGUUUUUCAAGGUGUUUUCUGUCGCGACCUGGCGGCAGUUGGGACCUUGCUUUCGCAGGUCGGAUUCAAUAGGCCAAUUCCGGUGAAGUAUGAAGCAUUGAGCUGCUAAUCAGAUAUUUUUCACUGGAAAACAAAAUUUGUUGGAGAUGUUACCGGCAGAGGGAAUCUCUGGUUCGUUUCACUUUAUUGUACAAAAGCAAGGAAAAGAAAAAAAUAGACUGCCGGAAAAUUUUGUCA